AUGUUGUCUAGGGUUUGUAGAUCUUCUUCUUCGUCUUCUUCUGCUGCUAGAUUGAUCAGUACGAGAUCGAUUCAUCGUCGCGUCACGCAGAAAGGUACAUCUAGAAAGCGUCUACCUUCUUCGCCAGUCCAUUGCAGUGGUAGCUUAGGAAAAUUUGAAGGAGAGAGCUUGAAAUUGCGAAGUGGGUUUCAUUAUAUCGAAAGCUUAGAUAAUGCGAUUGAAUUGUUCGAUGAUAUGGUUCGGUGUCGUCCCUUCCCUUCCGCGAUUGAUUUCAACAAGCUAAUGGGUGUCAUCGUGAGGAUGAAUCGACCGGAUAUUGUGAUUUCUCUCUAUCAGAUGAUGGAAAUGCGUCGGAUUCCGUUUGAUAUCUACACUAUGAAUAUUAUGUUAAAGUGUUUCUGCAGCUGCCACAAGUUGCCAUUUGCUUUGUCAACGUUUGGCAAGAUCACCAAACUUGGUCUCCAGCACUGA